UCCUCCGCGGUUGAUAAAGAGUGCUUUAAUUUCAUGUUUCAGAUAAAUAAAAUAAAAUGAGCGUGUUUUACGUGUCAAACCUGCACCUGAGCCCUGGCAGGUACCAAAUAGGCGACUUUGAGGAAAAAUGGGACAAAAAAUCAAACGACCUUUGGAAAAGCUGCCCAAGCUCGGCGUCCAGCCAGGACCAACUCGUCAAAGGCAAAUCGCCGCCCUUCCUGCGCCAGGUGGGCGCGGCCGUGGUGGGCAGUUGGCCGUGCCUGGCAAGCGGCGCCAGUCUGGGCUUCAUCACGCCGGCGCUGCCCCUGCUGAGAAGUCCCAUGGAGACGGUGGUCGUGUCCGAGGACACGCUGUCGUGGGUGGCGAGCGUCCUGAUGCUCGGCGCCCUCCUCGGCGCCGCCCUUUCAGGACCGCUGCUCGCCCACGGCCGCAGAACCACCCUUUGGAUCGUCGCGGGGCCCCUCGCCUUUUCGUGGGCCGCCCUGGCGCUCGCCCACGCACCCUGGCCCCUCCUCCUCACGCACUUUUUGUUUGGCGUGUGCAUGGGCAUCAUCGGCGACGCCGUGCAACUGUACGUGAGCGAAAUCUCGCACCCGAGCCACCGCGGCGCCCUCGGCUGCAUCCCCAUCCUGAUGUUCAACGCCGGCACCCUGGCCUGCUACACGGCCAGCCUCUUCCUCGAGUCCUGGAGAAACUUGGCGUGGUUCGGGGUGGUGCUGACCCUGCCCGGGAUCAUCCUGCCCGCCCUGAUUCCAGAGUCACCUUCGUUUUUGGCCUCCAAACAGAAGCUGGACGUGGCCCUGGCCGCCCUGCAGCGUCUCCGAGGCCUCGACUGGGAUUUGAACGCGGAGCUGGACGAGCUGCUGCGGCUGCAGCCGGUGGCCGCCACGUGGGGUGGCCGCCUGGCCGCGUUGAGGGCGGCGGCCAAGCCGAUCCUGCUGGUCGGCAUGGUGAGGGUGUCGAGCCGGCUGUGCGGCAUCAGGGCGGCCAUGGCCUACCUGCAGCCGGUGCUGGCGGCCACGGCCUCCUCCGUUUCGGCCGAAACGGCCACGGUGGUGGCCGGCGGCCUGCAGUGGGUCGCGACGCUGGCCGCCUGUUUCUUGCUGGACCGGUGCGGCCGCCGCGUGUUGCUGGUGGCCUCGCAGGCCGUCAUGGCGGCCGCCCUGGUGGGCGUGGCCGCCGGCCCCGGGGGGCCGUGGCCGCUGGCCGGGCUGGGCCUGUUCGUGGUGGCGAACGCGGUGGGCCUGGGCCCGGUGUCCAGCCUGCUGCUGGGGGAACUGGUGGCCCAGCAGCACCGCUCGGUGGCCACCUCGGCCACCGGGGCGGCCAGCUGGGUGGCCGCCUUCCUCGUCACCAAGACCUUCUUCGACCUGGAGCGCCUGCUGGGGGGCGUGCAGGCCGUGCUGGGCUUGUACGCGGCCUGCUGUGCAAUGGGGGCGCUGGCCGCCGGCCUCUGGGUCCCUGAAACUCGAGGGGCGUCGCCGCUGCAAAUCGAAAACCUCUGCCAACAACCUCAACAACCGUCUCAGCCUGCCUGAAUUAUGGAAUUCUGCAAUCUCAAUAAGAUGAACUCUGUGCCAAGAUAUCAAAGUUGAAUCUAAAUAUAUUUAUGAAACUAUGUUUUAAUAUUUUUCUGUAUUAAGUUCCUAUUAAUAAA